ACGAUAGAAUCAGUUAUGGCCGCGGCUCUCAAGAUGCACGGUUCUUCGAGGUUGCUCGUAAAUUGUUUAUCGUGAAGUUUGUUCGUUUUUUAGCGUCGGAUUACCUCAAGAUUUUAACAAGACAAUAAGGUGCAGCUCGAACGAACCGAAGAGAGAAAAGGAAAAAACUAGAAUCAUGGCAGACGACGGGUCCGGGGGUUCCAGCAGUGUUGGAAGUGGCGAGGCGAGCCGUGUUCAAUUGCUGCAAGAAAUGCGACAGCAAAACUUCGACAGCAUAAGAUUUGCGUCCUAUAGAACCGCCUGCAAACUGAGAUUCAUUCAAAAGAAAGUUCAUCUGCACAACGUCGAUAUAUGGAACGUAAUAGAGGCAUUCAGAGAAAACGGUUUAAACACCCUCGAGCCAUCAAGUACCCUCGGCGUUUCACGUCUCGAGACCCUACUAUCUUCCCUCUUUCAUGCGCUCAACAAGAGAGUGCCAGUUUCUCAGCAAUCUAAAGUCGACGCUACAACAGCGUUGCUUAUGAAUUGGUUGCUCGCGGCUUACACCAGUGGAGAGAACAACAAGAUAACGGUAUUCUCCGUGAAAGUUGCUUUGGCCACUCUGUGCGCUGGGAAAUUAAUGGACAAAUUCCGAUACAUAUAUUCACAAAUUUCUGACAGCAACGGUCACAUGAUACACUGGCGAUUUUCUGAAUAUUUGAAAGAAGUUCUGGCCUUGACAGCUGCAGUGUACGAAACCCCUUCUUUCGUUUAUUCUGAUGGUUUGGCCAGCACAAUUUUCCCUCCGAACUCGAAAAUCACCGUCAACGAUUUUCUCGACACUCUCAUGUCGGAUCCGGGACCACACUGUCUUAUAUGGCUUCCACUGUAUCACAGAAUGGCUGCCGUUGAAUCAGUGACACACCCAAUAAUGUGCGACGCCUGUCACCGUGAGAACUUCAAUGGUUUCCGUUAUCGUUGUCAAAAAUGUCAUUCCUAUCAAUUGUGCCAGGAUUGUUUCUGGCGUGGCAAAGUAUCCGGGACACACAAUAACGAUCACGAAACAAGAGAGUACAGUAGUUUUAAGUCACCGAGCAAACAAAUCGGACAUUCCCUGCGUAAGAGUUUUAGAUGCGUUCCGGAAAAAGGUAAAAAUAGUCUUCCAAGGUUUCCAGAACAACCGGAAAAAACGUUAGAUUUGUCGCACAUUGUACCACCGUCACCUUUGCCCUCACACAAUGGGUUCCCAGACCAUGGUUUCAUGGCACCUUUCGACGCUGGCUCUGUCGACAGUCGUUCGACGCUCAGAAGUAUGGAUAGUUCCAGGCUGGACGACGAGCACAAACUCAUUGCAAGAUACGCACAGAGAUUAGCACAGGAAGCUAGAACCGUGCCGCGUACUUCAUCGAGGAUGUCACACGUCGACCAGUCGCAGGGAAGAGCACCCUCCGAUGCGAACCUCGCAUCGUUAGAUGCUUCGAGAGCACAACGGGAAUUAAUUUCACAACUCGAGGCAAAAAACAAAGAGAUAAUGCGCGAGAUUGCAAGGUUAAGGAGACAGCAAGAAAUCGAAGCAGCUGGCUUAGAAAAUCCUGCCCUUAUGUCGGAGCUUCGAGCCUUGAGACAGCGCAAAGAUGAGCUCGAAACUCAUCUCGCUACGUUGCAAGAUUCCAGGCGACAAUUGAUGGUUCAGUUGGAGGGACUUAUGAAGAUGUUGAAGAAUCAUCAGGCAUCGCCGCGUUCUACACCGAACAGUUCGCCGCGAAGCACGAAAUCGCCACCUUUACCACCAGGGGGUAUUCCGAGCAGUAGAUCAGCACCCCCAACUCCGGGUGGUGCGUUAUCGACGACGCCACAGCAACAACCGUUACAACAACAGACGAAUCAACAAUCGCAACAGCAAUCUCAACAACAGCCGCAGCAGCAGCAGCAGCAGCAACAAAUAUCACAGAACUAUCAAAGCCCCGUUCUCCCAACAUCCGUCGCAAAUAUGCCGGGGAAUGCGAUGCUCGGCUCUCUACAGAAUCCCAUACCAGAUAGUCUCUCGUGUGUCGGUGGCGACGUAAGGUCUGCGUUCAGGACAAACAGCUUGCCAGGGAGCGGCUCGAGCAGUGCCAACAAUAGUUUGGGACGAUCAUUACGAAACGACUUAUUGGUAGCCGCGGACAGUGUCACUAAUGCCAUGUCAACGCUCGUGAGGGAAUUAAAUUCAGACUCUGACCAGGAAGAACACUCCCACAACUCUGGGCGGCAUAACAUCAGAAAACCGCUUGAUUUCGAAGCCGGCGAGGACGGUGAUGACAGUAGCGGAGGUGGCAACUCUUGGCGGGAGGAACUGCAACGUCGCUAUCAGCAGGAAAAUGAUUUCCUUGCAGAACUGAGAGCACGAAACGCGAGCGUUUCUCAAACACCGUCAGCAACACCAUCCAGCGAACAGGAACAAGAAAGAGGCGAAAGAGAAGAAGCGGAAGGUGAAAAAGAAGAAGACAGCGAAGCUAAUUGGGCUGAAGCUGUUAAAAGAUGGGUCAAUCGAUAAAAAUAUGACACAUCUCGUUUUUAUUAGUAUUCGUUCAAGAAACUUUCUGUUUCGUCUGAUUCGGAAUGAGAAAAUAAAAAAUAAUUUCCACUAAGACUAUCCUGCAUUGUUCAGUUUUUUUAAAUCAUUUUUCAGAGUUUACAAAAUUGACUCACGCCAGGCUGAGAAAUUUAGUUUCUAAAAUUACUGGAAUGUGAAAAUCAAAACUCCAGAUAUCUGGUGAUUCAAUCCAUUGAAAAACCAAAAUUAUUUGGAUAUCGUUAAUUAUUUUUCGUAUCAGAUGACUGAAAAAAAAAACUGAAUAGAUUAAUGAGUUCACAAAUUGAUAAUUUUCGCAAUCAACGAAAUGGACAGUUUUCUUAAAACGAUGAUAAAAUAUAAAAGUAAAUAAUAAACCGCGAUAAGACAACGAUUUCCUUUUGUACGACGUAAAUGAAAUUUACCUCUAUGAAAAAAGAAAUACAUCUUGAACGUCAGAAAUCGGGCAUUAAGAAAAGAAAUAUAUAGAUUAAUUGAUGUCAUCGAAAAGAAGAGAAAAAAUGGAGUAUGUGGAGGUAACGAAAAUUAAUGGACAUUUGAUUCCGAAUGGAAAGACUAAGGAAAAAAUUAUGCGAUUGUCGUAUUAAUGUAGAGUCCGUAACUGUAUAGCUUAGGAAAACAAAACGAACAGAAUUAACCGAGAGGAAGUCUGAGCUUUGCUUCUCCAUCAAAUUUCAUAUUGAUAAAUGUCUGAAGAAACAGAAAAUCGUAACCAUCGUCAAAUAACCCUUCACAAUAUUGCUAGAAACGAGGAACAAGAGCGAAAUUUAGCUUGCUCAAACAGUGGCUCCGAAAAAUAGGGGCGUAUUACAUAAUUUCGUUUCUCAUGGACUUUUUUUGUCGGAAUGUCUCACUUUAUUCGACAGCGUUUUAAGAAGAAAUGAAUGGCUCGUUUCUUAAACCAAAAAAGCUAGUCGUUUGCAUUUGUAUACAUUUUAUACCAGCGAAAACAUUCCCGUAACAGAUUUUUUAUUUCUUAAUUCCGAUUUUGAGAGUACUUAUUAAAUUGCAUUUCCAUUUAUUUAUGAUUACGAUGAUUCAAUAAAAAACUAGGAAUUAUCAGUAAGACUGCAAUUAUCUAGCGUAUAUUUUCUUCAGAACAAUUAUUAUCAUGAAAUGCCACUUCGAGAGUCUAAAAUGAAUUGAUAAAUGCGCUUAUUUCCGAAUCGAAUUUUUAAAAACUCGUCUUCCUACCUUUUUUCGAAAAUUUCGAUUCAAGUGACUCACCUAGUUGAGUCGGACUUUUGCUUGAAAGAAAAUUUCAAUGUCAAAAGUUUAAUUUUCGACGAUAAAGAGUAAAGUUUCUUAACUACCAAGUAUACAUGCAUCGAAAAAAUAAAUAACGCCAAAAAAGCUUGACAUUUUUAUCAUUAAAUUCAAAAGAAUUUUUCCUAUAUUCGAAAGUUUGUAAAAUUCGCCUACACUCAUUGAACGUUCUAUCACCUGAGCAAAACCAUGCAUGUCUAUUUCAUCUUGUAUACUUGUCUGUGGUAAUCGUUAAUCUGGUCUUCAUAUUGUAGUAAUAAACGAAAGAAAAAGGGUGAAAUUACGAAUAAAGCUGUGUCGGAAAGUCCAGCGCGAUUUGCAAUCAUUUCAGGCCUAAAGAUUAGAGAGAAAAUGUCACUGGCAGCUAAAAGUUUAUUCUCCGAUGAUAUUUAGUGGCACCUUGAUGUGCAGCUCUUGAAAAUUGUUCAUUAAUGGGGUGUCUGGGGUGGAACGCUGUGAUGCGUAGCUUUCAGCUCCAUUACGACGAUUUUUUGACUCGCAUAAGAAAUUAAGAUUUUUCUAUAAAGGAAUUGCUUUCAUUGUCCGUAACUGAAGGUUGGGAAAUCGUUAGCGUUCCUGAAAGCUUGCAAUAUUACGAGUUGACCGGUUGAAUUGAUCCUCAAGUUCCAUGUCGGAGCCGAUAUAUAUGAAGAAAAAAUAAAAUAAAGUUUCUUUGUGUUACGAGAACGAAUAGCUUCGGCCUCAAUGAGUUGUAAAUCUCAGCUGGAGACUAGUAGGAAAAGUGGUAAAAAUAGAACUUUUUGAAAAUUUUAUUGUGGUACGACAAGUUUUUCAGUAGAUAUCGCAACCACGAAUGAACAGCAAAACAGAGAACGAUUGAUCGGAAUAACCUACAAAAAAUAAAUUUUUUUGAUACGUUAGUUCGUGCAAAUUAUAAAUUUUUCUCAACGAACGAUGAACGUGUGUGUUUUAAUACGAUUUUCCAGCUUUGAUAAAUUUAUACAAAUUUGCAUAGUUUGCAUCGAAUAGACCAUCCGAAAUACAAAAAAAAACUAAUGAAGAAAAUCACUAAAAAUAAGAGGAAAUGAAUUUUUGAAAAUUCCGAGGAAUUUUUGUGUAGAUAUUUCACACGAACAAUUCACUAUUCAUCAUUGAUGUACAUCAUAUUCGUACAUAUUUGAAACAACAGCCAGGGAAUCUUUGGCACACGAUUUUUAUUCAACAAAUGACCUUAGAAAAUGAUUGUACAGAAUAUCAGUAAAACGUAGAAAAAACGAGCAUUCAAACUUCACGCGUCAUUAUCCUCUUCUCAUAAAUUCAAUAAAAAAGAAACAUUGCGCAUUUACAAUUACCGUCAAAAUAUAUAGCUUGGCCAUGACAAUACACGAAUUGAGUGUCUAAAUCAACGCUCCUUAUCGCAUUUAUCAAUUAAUAUACAUUGAUUAAUAAUGAAAUCGCUACUAACGGAAAUCGCACAAACAAAUUUUUCAGUAGGUCGAGACAAAGAUAUGAAAAAGGGAAAUAAAAAAUUGCAUUUUAAAUAUAACGCGCCAUCUGUUUAUACUUCGUAAAUCAAACUCGUAUACGAGUCGUUGUAUUAGAGUCUUCGUAACAAAUGAAUAAUUGAUCGAUAAUCGAUAAAAUAAAAAAAAAACGAAGAUAUUAUGUAGAUAUGCAUAAGCAAUUAACGGUUAAGAUUCUAAUUGAAGUAAAAUCUUUGAAUCUUGCCGAGAUUCGAUGGUCAUUAAAGUUCGGUAAUUGUAAAGUAUUCAUUGUAGAACAGAGCCAUUGAAUAAAGAGGAAGAAAGAGAA